AUACGAUCCGCUUCAUCCUUGUUAAAAAGUUUGUAUAUUGUCUCUUCUUUCCGUGUCAAAUUUUGUUGGUCAAUCAUGUUAGAGACUAAGGAGUUUUCUGUUCCUUGGAAGGUUUUUUUCGGAGGAUGCAAGCAAAACGAGUACAACUAAUUGUUUGUAAAAUCACAGUCAGCAUCAGUUUGUAAAAAUCCGAUGACGGCGCGGCCUCUGCUCCGCGCCAGCACAAUGUAAACGCCUAGUCAGAAAGAGGCAGGCAGUAGCGCGCCACCUCGCCUCCUCCGCUACCAGCCGUAUCCCGCCGCGGUGUCUCCGCCUCCGCACGCCGCCUGCAGCCUCCAGGUUGCAAUAUUAUGUCAAAAUGUCAUGCUAAUGAUUAUAUUAACAAAGAGAUUGAUGGCAGCUUAUGCAGCUCUGACUUCGCUCAUGCAUAUCUUAGAUGAUAUCAAGCAUCAUCCUUCCCCUCCGAUUUCUAUCGACGAACAACAAGCUGAAUCCCUCACUCAAACUGUCACCUCCUUGCAAGAAUUUCUUGAAACCUAUAAUUCCCCUGUUGCCAACACAAGCGAAGCCGAUCCGUUAGAGAUUCGUAUUGCAGAGGCAGCAUAUGCAGCCCAAGAUGUGAUCGAGUCCCAUAUUGUGGACAUGAUCAAGCUGCGUAAAUCCAGUGGAGCUUAUCAUGGACAAAUACACUCGGGAGGAGAAACCAGUACUUCUGCUGGCUCCAGCUCUCAAAGUAAACCGCUCAUGUGGUCCAAUUACUUUGGAUGUCUAAUGAAGCCCAUAAAUAAUGGCAGGAAAAUCAGUUACGUCGAUAAUCUUUAUCGAUGUUUGAAGAAAGUGAUAAAAGACAUGGAUUUGGUCAAGAAGGAGGCGAUGAAGAUAUCUGUGUCCGAAGCUCAGCUCCACAGAAGUCUCUCAACAUCUGGUGGUUCGUCGAGAUCUUCCAUCAUGGUGGGGUUUGAUGAUGUAUCACUUGAAAUCAUGCACAAGCUCACCAAUGGACAAGACGAUCGCCAACUCCAAGUCAUCCCUGUUGUAGGCUUGGGAGGGAUUGGUAAGACCACUCUCGCUAAACAUGUUUAUGCACAACCGUUGAUUAAGGUGCAUUUUGAUGUUUGUGCAUGGGUUACUGUUUCCCAAAAUUUUGACAUUAGAGAAAUCCUUUUUGAGUUGCUUUCUCAAGCCAACAAAAAAAGCAAGGAAGAAAUGAGUGAAAAUGAAGUAGGAUUAGCACUCCACAAAUAUUUAUUCAAUAGAAGGUUUAUAAUUGUUAUGGAUGACAUGUGGAGUGUCGAUGCAUGGGAUAAGAUGCAAAAUUUCUUUCCUGAUAAUUGGAAUGGUAGUCGCAUAGUGGUGACGACUAGGCAAUCGCAGUUGAGUUCUCAAUUGAACAGCAAUUAUUGCCUUCGAUUGGAGUUAUUAGAUGAGGUUAGUAGCUGGGAUCUAUUCUCCAACUCUGUGUUUGGGGAGGAAAGUUUUCCAGUUGAAUUGGAGGAAAUUGGGAAGAAAAUUGUAGAGAAUUGCGGAGGACUUCCUUUAGCAAUUGUUGUGGUGGGAGGUGUUUUGAAAAAGGUGGAACACACUAAAGAAUGUUGGGAAUCAAUAAGAAAAAACUCAAGUUCAGUAGUGAAUUCAGCUGAUGAUGAUUUUUGCUUGAAUAUUCUAAAACUAAGCUACAGUUAUUUGCCAAUGUAUUUGAAGCCAUGUUUUCUAUACAUGGGAGUGUUUGAUGAAGACCGUGCAGUUCGUGUCUCAACACUCGUCAAGUUGUGGGUUUCGGAAGGGUUUCUAAGACCACAAAGUGGGAAAAGCUUGGAAACGAGUGCAAAAGAGUACUUAUAUGAGCUAGUUGAUAGAAAUCUCAUUCUAGUUCAUGAGUUAGGGUGUACUGGAAACAUAAAGUACUGCAAAGUUCAUGAUCUAUUGAGAGACCUUUGUUGCAGAGAAGCUGGGAAAGAGGGCUUUUAUUAUGUGACAGGGAAACAUAAGUCUCAGGCCUUAAAUAGGCAACGUUGUGUUGUUAUUCCUGGAGGCACUUCAAAGGAUAAGGCUUGGGAGGCCUUACGAUCUGUUCCGCUUGCUCGUUCUCUUGUAUGUCAUAGCAUGGAAUUUGUUCCGAUGCCUGAGUCAAAACUGUUGAGGACAUUGAAAGCUUAUGAUAGAGAUAGAUAUGGAACCCAUGAAUAUUUGUUAGAUGGUCUGUUCCAGUUUGUGAACUCGCGGUAUCUUGCUGUUGGAGUUCAGUUUGUUGGGAGCAUGUAUGAUAUCCCUUCUUCAGUUAGUUUUCUUUGGAAUUUACACACACUGAUCAUUUUCCAUUCUACAAGUUUUGUUGCAUCAAGUUUUUGGAUGAUGCCUCAACUUAGGCAUUUUGAAUCCUAUAAAGGAGCACUGGGUCUACGACGUCCUCCUAAUGGAAAUGUUGUCAUCAUGUACGAACUACAAACGCUCAAAGGAGUUAAUCUUUUGAAUUUGGAUUGGGAUUUGAAUUUCCCCAACAUAAAGAAAUUGGCAAUAAAUAGUGGAGAGUUUCAAAAUCUCGAGUCCAUGAAUACACUAGAGUCCUAUACUAAUUGGUGGCAGGUUAAAGGGAAUACCUUCCCACACUCUCUUAAGAAGUUGAGCUUGGGAUCACACUACUCCAACUGGGAUGUGAAUGAAGUGAUGCUAAAAAACAUAGGUGCAUUACCUCUUCUUCAGAAGCUUAAAUUGGAACGAGCUCAUUUCCAAAAAGGCGUGUGGGAAACGAGUGAAGAACAGUUCCCCAGCCUCCAAUUCUUGGAACUCAAAUGGUGUCCUUUGGUAUCCUGGAUAACAGAGAGCUCUCACUUUCCAUGCCUUGAGAAAAUUCGCCUUUACGCGUUAAAGGAAUUGGAGGAGAUCCCUUGUGAAAUUGGUGAAAUACCAACGAUGCAAUCAAUUCACUUGAAAUAUUGCAGGGAAUCAGUGGUGGAGUCUGCCAAGACGAUAGCAGAGGAGCAAGAUGAAUUACAAGUUCGAGUUGUGCUCUUCAACAACAGCAACAACCAAGCGCUACGGAGACUCGCAAGCCCCAACUUUCAAGUUGAGAUAGACUAUUUUUAAUCUGAAACAUUGAGAUGUAAUCUCUGUCUGUUGAUGGACUGAUGAGGCCGCUUCUGUCGGAAGUAGUUCUUGGGGAUUGACACCAACUGUUUUCGUUGUGUUCUGUAUUGAGAAUGCGUAUUUCUUUGCAACUACUGUUUGAGCAUGUAACUCUUAUUUUUGUUGCUACCAGUUGGCUUGUUUAUUUGCUUAAAUUUGUUGCAAAUAAUAAAUUCAUUGGCUUGUUUAUUUUUGUUUAAAA